UUUGCUUCAAGCAAGCAAGAAAUUAAUCUUUCUACAAACUAAUUGAUCAUUAAAUACUAAUCAAGCUUUAAUUACUUAUUGAUCCUCUUGUUUUGUGAGAACAUUCAAUUUUUUCAACAUAUAUGGAAGAAGGAUUAGUAGGUCCAAGGAUAUAUAGUUGUUGUAAAUGCAGAAAUCACAUUGCUCUUCAUGAUGAUAUUGUCUCCAAAAAUUUUCAGGCAAGAACAGGGAGGGCUUAUUUGUUUACACAUGCCAUGAAUGUAGUGAUAGGGGAAAAGGAGGAAAGACAACUAAUGAGUGGUUUGCAUAUUGUGGCUGAUGUUAAAUGCUUUGAUUGUGGGGAAGUUUUGGGAUGGAAAUAUGAAAAAGCAUAUGAUGAAACUCAAAAGUACAAAGAAGGAAAAUUUGUUCUUGAAAACUUUAAGAUUGUCAAGGAGGGGUUUUAUGAACAUAUCUCAAGUGUAUGAGUUCUCGACGAAAACAUAUUUAGUAUAAUUUUAUAGGAUGAAAUGUGGAACGAAUA